AUGAAUUCAGCGCAAAAACAACCAGAUUCAACUCACUCGGUCAAACUAUACGCAUAUGAUCUCUCUAACGGACUAGCUCGAUCGAUGUCACUCGGAUGGACCGGACGUCAUUUUGAGGCGAUCUGGCAUACCUCGGUGGUGUAUGAUGACCAAGUGGAAAUCUUCUUCGGCCAAGGAAUCACUACUUGUGCGCCUGGCCAGAGUCAUCAUGGAAGGCCUAUCAAAAUUAUUGAUCUUGGUUCGACAAUGAUUGAUCCUCAGACUUUGAUGGAGUACAUCGAUGGACUUCGUCAAUCAUGGACUGCCGAUGUCUAUCAUUUGCUCGAAAGGAACUGCAACAAUUUUUCAAAUGAAUUAGUUGGAUUUCUUAAUGGUGCAAGUGUUCCGGAUUAUAUUCUCAAUCUGCCACAAGAGUUUCUAGCGACUCCCUUGGGUGCAUCCAUGAGGCCGAUGAUCGAACAGAUGUUUCGAGGCUCCAAUCCAGCCCCAUUAGGGCCUCAGCUUUCAACCACUUCGUCCGCCCCGAAUCCAGCACAUCUACUGGCCGAUAUUGCCUCUUCGGCCUACAGCGCUCCAACGGACAUCCCCCUUGUCUCAUGCUCAACCGUCACCGCCUUUGAUGCAGAGCUAAGCCAACAUUACUGUGUGAUCGCAAACUUCACCAACGAGAGGGGGUGCCCGCCCUGUCGGGUUAUAGCACCGAUCUAUGCGGAACUAGCUAGAAAGUAUCAGUCCACUCCACCCGGAUCAAACGUGCAUCAUGGCCGCCAGCCCAAGGUGAAAGACAUCAAGUUCAUAAAAGUAGACACCGGAACCAGCAUGGAGCUAAGUCAGCGUUAUCAAAUCCGUGCCACCCCUACCUUCAAGUUCUUCAUUAACAAGAAAGAGGUUGGAGAAAUGAAAGGUGCUAAUCAGACAGAGCUAGAGACUCAAAUCAACUUGAUGGCUUACACUGCCUAUCCUCCGCAUCCACAUCUCAAACUGCAGCUACCAAAGCUAAAAGCUUUGUCGCCGAGUCCGAUCCUAUACCCCCAAGUGUUCAAUUUUGAAAAGGCGUUGAAUAAACUCCUGGACUCUUUCCCAGAGGACAAUAACAGUCCACGAGAGGUGAUCAAGCAGACGUUUGAAUGGGUAGUCAUUCCAUUUCUGAACAAGAAGACCGAUCUAGAUAGUCCUGAUCGCUUUCUGCAAUGGGCCCGGGCAACCACGCAAGUCUUGGACAGCCUAGGCUGCUCGGACAGCUUCCCUGCGCUAGAUUUCUUGCGGUUAGCUCUGCUGAGAGAUGAAUAUGUCGACCAACUAUUCGUCUGUCCACCCGACUCUAACCCACUCUACGAGGCCAUCCGUGUGGGAACCUCACAGAGUCGGGAAGGUACCCAACCUGCGCGGCCAUUUUCCUUGACGCUUCUCCGACUCCUAUCCAAUGCACUCGGAUCGUUGAAACUGGCAGAACAGAUGAUCGAGAGAGAGGCUCGAAACGGGGGACUCUUUCUCAGAUUUGUCGUCGGAAGAUUACUGGACGGCGAUAUGGACGUGCAAGUCUUGGCAUCCGGAGUUUUCUAUGGACUCGUCUCUCGCUGGGCUUCUAUCCGGGUCGAUUGGCUUGAUCGUCGAGUCGCUGAUCGUGCAGGUUCGGAGGAAGAGUGGGAGGUCGAGUCAAUGAGCGCUUUGAUUGAAAGCCUGGACAGGGAAGCUAAAAAAACAGAGCCCAACUCUGAAAUGAUUUAUAGACUGAUAGCGACGAUUGGGAAAUUGAUCUACUUGUCCGAAUCCAGUUCAUCAUUAGGGACCCUCCUCGAGUCAUUGGGAUUCCAAUCAAUUAUCAAUGGCUUGAUGAAUAAACCUGAGCUUUUGAAAGCUAAUCCAGCCAUCAAAGAUCUCGGUAAAGAACUUGGAUUACUGAUGUCUUCUUAG